CCUCCAUCGUCUUCCCGUCCUUCAAAGUUCGUUCGCAAGCUCGUCCUCUCCUCCCACCACCGCCACGCCCGCUUCAUCCAGCCCCUCCCACAGCCUCCUCAUCCUCGGUUCUCUGCCCCGAUCCGUUCUCAUGGAGCGCUACUCGAAGAUCGAGAAGGUUGGUGAGUGUACCUAUGGUGUGGUGUACAAGGCGAAGGAUGUGACGACCGGUGAGGUCGUGGCCCUGAAGAAGAUCAGGCUCGAGGCGGAGGAUGAGGGCGUCCCGAGUACGGCCAUUCGGGAGAUCAGCCUGCUGAAGGAACUGAAGGACGACAAUGUAGUCAGGUUACUGGAUAUCGUCCACGCAGAUGCGAAGCUCUAUCUUGUGUUCGAGUUUCUCGACGUGGAUCUGAAGAGGUACAUGGAGCACGCGAACAAGGUUGGCAGUCCCAUUGCUCCCGCCAUGGUCAAGAAAUUUACUUACCAACUUAACUCUGGUCUCCUAUACUGCCAUUCUCACCGCAUUCUGCAUCGCGAUCUCAAACCGCAAAACCUGUUGAUCGACAAAUAUGACAACCUCAAACUAGCGGAUUUCGGUCUUGCGAGAGCGUUCGGCAUACCGAUGAGAACAUACACACAUGAGGUCGUGACCCUCUGGUACCGUGCACCAGAAGUGCUACUGGGCUCGCGUCACUACUCAACAGCUAUCGACAUGUGGUCCGUUGGUUGCAUUUUCGCCGAAAUGGUGAUGAGAGGCCACCCGCUCUUCCCUGGUGACUCGGAGAUCGACCAGAUCUUCAAGAUUUUCAGAGUACUGGGGACGCCGAGUGAAGAAUGCUGGCCGGGCGUUAGCCAGUUGCCAGACUACAAGCCAACGUUCCCCCACUGGUCGCCGCAAGACCUUUCGGACCAUGUGCCGUUGUUGGACGAAGACGGUCUUGACCUUCUGAGAGCGAUGUUGACUUACGACACCGGCAAACGUAUCUCGGCGAAGCGGGCGCGGGUGCACCCCUACUUCGAGGACUUCAAGCUAUGAUGUAACGACGUUCACGCUCACGACGCCCCGAGCCCGUUUCAGAUAUACACCCACGCCCUGUCCUUUUCAUCCGUCCGUCCGUCGUAUGCACUUCGCACUUCCUUGUUUUCCCCUCCCCCAGUCCUCGCAGCUUGUUCGUCGCCACGCAACUAUAUCAGUAUGUUCAAUACAUUACAUACGCGUAUUCGUGUCUCCAUAGCCCCGUUCUCGCAUCGCAUCGUCUUUUGACCCCGACCGGUAACCAGUCUCGGUAAUGGAAUGUGUCGUUGUGACCGAGUCAACUUUUGCCUCGGUGAGCCUUUGGGACCAGCCCACUGGUCCGAUAAUUGG